UACCCUUCUCUCCAGUAUGUGUUUGUGUGUCUGCUUCUCUCGCAGUCUGUAACCCACUAGUCCAUAGAUUUGUGUACAAUGCACCUAAAGGCUCUUGUGAAGAUUUAGAAGACAGCGUUAGUGGCUUCUCUGUAUUUUCAUCUGGAGUUGUUGCCCCACGAUUUUGCACCCUGCACGUACAUAGUUUUUGAUAGGUUUGUAAAUUUGAGCAACAGCACUUUUUGCAAGAAUAUUCGAAGCUGGCCACAAUGAGUCUUGCCGCAGCUUCCAGGAUUGGGCUCGUACAUUGCCCUGUGACAGCUCUGGCUUUUGGGCAGCAGUGGAGGGCCAAGGCUCGGCAUGAGUUCCAGGUCAUGGCUGUUGCCAAUCCUAAUGUGAAGUCCAAGUCCUCAUCAGACAAGGGGCAGAACGGAGCAGGAAAGGGGAAAUCUGAGGCAGCCAACGUGGCCAUGGAAACGGUAGCGAAGAAGGCACCCGUGACAGCGGAAAGAAACGUCUCGCACUGGGAUCUGCCAAUCGAGAACCCACAUGUACCAAGGGCCUUGCAAGCUGUGGAUGCUCAGAAUCCCGAGGGUACGGUGGGCCGAGAGCACAACGACUACACAGUGCUGCAGCAGCAUUGCGCAUUCUUCGACAGGAACGGUGACGGCAUCAUCUACCCGCAGGAAACAUACGAGGGAUUCCGAGCUCUGGGGUAUUCGCCAACCAUCUCGGUGUUGGCCGCCAUCGUGAUCAAUGGAUCGUUCAGCUACCCAACCUACGACGGCUGGAUUCCCGACCCCCGCUUCCCCAUCUACUUGUCUAAAGUCCACCGCACCAAGCACGGUAGCGACACCGAGGUCUAUGACACGGAGGGACGAUUUCUGCCAUCAAAAUUCGAGGAGAUCUUCAACAAGUACGCUAAGACGAGGCCUGACGCUAUGACGUACGAGGAGAUCCUCCGCAUGACGGACGGGAUGCGCAACGUGAACGACCCAUACGGUUGGUCAGCGGCGAAGCUAGAGUGGGGAUUCACAUACUGGCUAGUGAAAGACGAGGAGGGAUUUGCUAGUAAGGAAAAAAUCCGCGGUGUCUACGACGGCAGCUUCUUCGAUCAGGUGGAGCGAGAGAUCAAGCAAGGCAAGGACAAAGGCAAGAAAGUGGAGCUUCAGAAGAUUGACGCCCACAACAACUGAUUUGAUUUGCUUGCUCUGAUCGGCUUAUUCCACGCUGAGUGUCGAUGAAGUGUGCAUAGAACCAUAUUCUCCUAAUUUGCCGACGAUUCCUGAUAGAGCGAUUCAUGGAGGCAGUAGGUUCCAUGUAGCUCGUCGGAGGUUGUAUAUGUCAGGGGUUUUGUAAGCUUCGGAUACAGGAUUUUAGUUGUGUAAAAAUUGUUGAUCUCUGCAAUCUAAGCAUUGAUAAACAUUCAUUUCACGGUAUCAA